GCCAGAUACCUGGCGACAAACUUUGUCCUCUCACCUUGUUGGCUCUUCAUAUUCCUUGCUUUCGUUUUUGCUAUUAAUUCAAGAAGGAAAUAAGGAAAUAAAAAAAAAACAGAGAAUUAAUACCAGCGGCAAAAGAUUUGCCAUAGCGACCCGGGAAGUGAGAAGUUGGAGAGAUAAAGUAUGGCUACAAAAACCUAUUUGGGGCUCCUAGCAUGGAUAUGUUGCGGAUAUAUCGCUUUCGUGGCUACAUCAGAUGGAGAUCUCAGAGGGCAAUUUUGUCCCACGUCAACCAAAGUUGCAAGUAAUGUAACGGAGAAAUGCGGCAAAUUUUUAGCAAUGGUAGGAAAAGGAUAUUCUUUGGAUAAAAAGGCAUCCAAUCUUCUGGGCUUAAGCGAAGGCGAAUUGAUGUACAAAAUCCAUAAAUGGUCACUAGACAUUCAAUCCAGUCCAGAUUGUACUUUUACCAAAAGAGUUAAUACUGAAAAAAAUGCCUGCUGCGGUGGCUGGUCCGGAGCCAAAUGUCUUAUACCCGUCUGCAUACCUGCAUGUAAGAACAAGGGCUCUUGCGUCAGCCCCAAUGUAUGCAGUUGUCUUAAGGGCUUUAGUGGAUACAGAUGCGGUGAAAUUACCACAUCUGUGACCGCUGAAAUGAAAUACUGCUACAAAGGGAAAAUAUGCAAAGGUGAAAACCCGAAUAACAUGGAAGAUCGUUUGAUGCAAGCAAAAGACUGUUGUUUCGGAAAUGGAACCCGUGGUAACAGUUGGGGUUCGUCACUUUCGUGCGACGUGUGCCCUCAAUCAGAAAAGGUCACCCUUGAUCAAAGUGCACUGAAUAAAGUAACAAAGAAAAUCGUGAAUGUGGGUUUCGCCACUUGCCGCGUCUAUGGUAUAUACAGCUAUAGAACAUUUGACGGAAGUAACUAUGAUUUUGGCGGAGCAUGCAGAUACACUUUAGCCAGUGAAGGGAAAAACUGGUACGUGGAGAUCGAAUCUCACAACUGUAACAGCUUCACAACAUGCAGAAAGAAAGUCUAUGUAAACUUUAUGGUUAGUAAUCUGAAUAUUGAAAUCUUUAAAUGCAAAGUCAAAGUGAACGAUAAAGAGAUUGACAUGACCAACAAUCACUUACUUUCGGGCGUGACUAUUCAGAAGAAAAAUGGAAUGAUCCGACUUGAAAACAGUGCUAUAGGUGUAAGAAUGAAGAUGGGAUGUGAGGCUUCUGUUUAUUUAACAUUGACCGAAACCCACAGGCAAUGCUCCCUCCUUCAAGGACUGUGUGGAAACUAUAACAACGAUUACAGAGACGAUUUUCAAGCACUCAGCGGCAAAGUCAUGAAGGAUAGCGACACCUUCGCAAAUAGCUACCUCAUAAAAACUAAUAAAGCCGAGUGCAAACCAGUAUUCGGUAUUCCAGAUUUUUGCACUGGAGCUCAGAUGAAGAUGGUUGCUGCCCAAAAAUGUUCUUAUCUACAUUCAAAUGCUUUUAAGCAGUGCCACCAACUGAUUGAUACGGCAAGAUGGGUAAAACUGUGUAAGAAUGAAAUCUGUUCAGCACAAACAUCACAACAAGAGGAACAAAUGUGCAAAGUAUUUGAAAGUUAUUCAGAAGAUUGCAGAGAAGAAGGAGUUCUUAUUCAAUGGAGACGUAAAGACGUUUGCCCGAAAACAUGCCCCGCAGGUUUCGUUUAUACUGAAUGUACCACAUCUUGUGAACCAACAUGUAGCCGGUUGUAUUCAUUUGUCCCUGCGGAAUGUUAUAAAAGUUGCAGUCCUGGGUGUCAAUGUAAACCCGGAACAAUUAGAGAUGAAGACAAAUGCGUUUUACCGAAAGACUGUUCCUGUGUUUAUAAGGAUAAAAGGAUGCCAGCUGGUUCAACUGUUCAAAUGGACUGCAACAAAUGUGUCUGUAAGUAUGGCAGGUGGGAAUGCACUGAACAGAAAUGUCCUUCAAAAUGUACCCUUUCGGACAGAGCUUUGUACAAAACAUUUGAUGGAACUGAAUUUAGAAUCGAGCCAGCUGCUUGUAAAUAUACUUUGAUUGAGCCUCAACCGAAUAUAGUAGAUGAGCGAACACGGAUAAAGAUAGAAGCUGUAUACGAAAGUUGCGGCGGAAGAAUGGUCGCUGGUAAAAAUUGUCUGAAAGGAUUCACUAUUCAGUCAGCAAAAUUGUCCGUUGAGAUUUUUGAUAUCACUGCUGUUGUCAAUACUGAAGUCGUCAAAUCAUUUCCUUUUAUUGGUGCUGACAUUUACAUCAAGCAAGUGUCAUCUGAAUUCUUUUUCAUCCAUAUGAAAUAUUUAGAUAUACUCUAUAAACCGAAAACUCAAAUUUCCAUCACUAUUGAUCCAGUCUUUGCCUCAAAGAUUCGAGGAAUGUGUGGUACAUUCAACUACAUAACAGACGAUGAUUUCACCUUAAGAAAUAAUAUCGUAGACUCAGAGGAGAACUUCGUACUCGAGUAUCAAGACUCAACUUGCUCUCUCGUUUAUACGCCGAAGAUUAGUGACCCUUGUAGUUUGUACAGCUAUAACUAUGAAAAGGCUCAAACGUUGUGCAAUACCAUUAAAGACACUAGUGUGUUUGGACAGUGUUAUGAAGUGGUCAGCUACCAGCCAUACUUUGACCGCUGUCUUCACGAGACAUGCUUAAAAUCAGCCAGUGGUCCGAACACCCCAUUUUGUAAUAUUCUUUCUGAGUAUGCUAAGGCAUGUGCUGACAAUGGAAAGUUUAUUAAGUGGUAUGAAUCUAAGGAGCUCUCGAAACUAUGCCCCUUUCAGUGCGAUGCUGGUAAAUCAGAAGUCUACUCAGUCUGCCAUUCUCUGAAAACCAGUCACUGCAGUGAUUUUGCAACCAUUAAGGGGAAAUGUAAGGAAGAAUGUAUUCCUGGUUGUGGAUGUCCAAAAAAUAUGCAUUACGACAGUGAUGGCAAUUGUGUUUCGCUGGCCGAUUGUUCAUGUUAUGAUAAGAAGCAUCAAAGCAAAGCAUUCAAGUCUGGACAGAUGUUAAGAAGAGCUUGUUCAAAAUGUACAUGCAGCAAUGCAGAAUGGGAUUGUGAGAAAAAAUCUUGUGAUGAAAUUAUAUGUCCAAAGAAUCAAGUAUACAUCACCAAUACAUCAAUAUGCCAAAGGACAUGCGGAAACUUUGAUCAAAUGAUAAAGUGUGAGAAAGAAGAUAUAGCUAUUGACCAGUGUGGUUGUCCCGAAGGAAAAGUCAUGUCUCACAACGGUGGAUGUGUAGAAAAAGAUGAUUGCCCCUGUAAAUAUGACAAUAAAUGGUAUAAGCCAGGACAAAAAAUUAAAAUUGGAUGCAAAGAAUUGGUUUGCAAGAAUAAUAUUUGGGUGACAGUUUCGAAAACUAACUGCGCAGCAACUUGUUGGGCAUCUGGUGACCCUCACUAUCAAUCAUUAGACGGUAAAAGUUAUACCUUUAUGGGAAACUGUAUGUACGUGCUUUCAAGAUCUUUAGACAAAACAUUCUCUAUUAUCACUAAGAAUGUGAAAUGUGGUUUGAGUAGUGUGACCUGUACAAAAGCUGUUGAGGUAGCUAUUAAAAAACAGAAAAUUUUCAUGACUCGAGGAGUUGGGCUAAAAGUGAACGAACACCUAAUCAAUCAAACCUAUGCAAAAUUUCAAGAUUUUGUUAUUUCCAGAAGUGGAUUUUUCUAUCACAUCUUGACAAACAUCGGCCUGACGAUCCAAUGGGAUGGAGCGACACGUGUUUAUGUGCAUGUUUCUCCUUACUGGAUGGGAAAAGUUGAAGGUCUGUGCGGAAAUUAUGAUGGAAAUGCUGAAAAUGAUUUCAAAGGCCCCGAUAAUGCUGUCAGAAAUCUAGCGUCUGAUUUCGGUCAUAGCUGGCGGUUACAAGAUUGCGUGGCUGUUCCACAAACGAAACCGAGUGAUCAGGGGAUAUUUUGUAAUAGUCCAGAGAGGAGAAUGUGGGCACAAAGUGCAUGCAAUCCCAUCAGACGAGGCCCGCUUUUCGAAAGAUGUCGCCAAGCUACCGGUGAUAAAUAUAAGACAUUCUAUGACGACUGUGUUCAAGAUGCUUGCGGUUGUGAUACAGGUGGUGACUGCGAAUGUUUAUGCGCAGCGAUAUCAAACUUCGCAGACAUGUGCAGCAGACACAACAUUUAUAUAAAAUGGAGAAGUCAAGAAUUGUGUCCAAUUCAAUGUGAAGAAAACUUCCGCUAUUCAACAUGUGGUUCUCCCUGUCCUCAGACCUGUAGAAAUAUUGGUGAUGAACCAGAACCUUAUUGUAAAACUACAAAAUGUAUCGAAGGCUGUUUCUGUGCUCCUGGGUUUAUAAGAGACGGUAAGAAAUGUAUCCCGGCUAUUGAGUGUCCAUGCUAUAUGAACGGUCUGAGAUACAGUCCAGGAACGAAGCUAAAAAUCAAUUGCAAAGAAUGUGUCUGCUCCGUGGGUAAAUUCCAAUGCACUAAGAUUAAAGAUUGUCCCAAGAAAUGCAAGCCAGGUGAAUUCCGGUGUACGAUGGGAGAAUGUAUUGCCAAGGGGUAUAAAUGCGACAAGACUAUCGAUUGUAGAGACGGAUCGGAUGAAUUAAAUUGCAACUAUACCUGUAAACCCGGAGAAUUUGAGUGCGGUGAUGGACACUGUAUCCCUCUAUCUAAAAAAUGUAAUGGUCUACCAGAUUGUGUGCUUGGUAGUGAUGAAAGAAACUGCAACAUAUCAUGCCACAGUACCCAGUUUGCCUGCAAAAAUAAAAAAUGCAUUCCAAAAUCUUUCAAGUGUGACGGUCAUGUGGAUUGUGGUAUUGGUGACACUUCAGACGAAACCAAUUGCCCUACCGAGAGAUGUAACGCCCGCCAGUUCACAUGUAGUAUUUCUGGUAAAUGUCUACCAAUAACAAAGAAGUGCGAUGGUCAUGAUGACUGCGGAGAUGCAAGUGAUGAGAUCGGCUGCACGUGUACGUGUAAGAAUCAAUUCACGUGCGGGUCCUGCGAUUGUAUACCUAAGGAGAAGCAGUGCGACGGCAAAAUGGAUUGCGCUGACGGCUCUGACGAAAAGUGUGCAUGUUCUGUAAAUGAAUUUACUUGUAACAACAAACAGUGUGUCGAUUCAAAGUUGAAAUGUGACAAAAAAGUAGACUGUACAGACGGUUCUGAUGAACUUUACUGUAAUAUUUUGUGCAACGCAUCCCAAUUUACCUGCAAUAACGGACAGUGUAUCAAUAAAACAAAAUACUGCGAUACAGUCAAGGAUUGCGCAGAUGGUUCGGAUGAGCAUGAUGACUGCUUUGUUGUCUUACCGCAAACUAAACCAACACUUCCUCCAUGGCCUGAAACUACAACAAAAGCCAAAACAGUUACAACUAAAGCUACUACUAUUGCAAUAACUACAGCUACUACUGCUAAAGCUACUACUGCUAAAGCUACUACUGCUACAGCUACUACUGCUAAAGCUACUACUGCUACAGCUACUACUGCUACAGCUACUACUGCUACAGCUACUACUGCUAAAGCGACUACUGCUACAGCAACGACAACUACUCCUUUUGUAUCUACAACUCCUUCUACAAGAGCCUCUACUUCAUUUACAACUGCUCCUAAAACAACAAUAUCAUUUACAACAGGUGCGACGUGUGAUGCGAUAACACUCGAUUACAAUUCAGUUGAAGUAUUGAUUAAAUCUUCAAGUUCUCUUACCCCGCCACGCGAUGUUUUAAAAGGAUCGAACAAGAACUGGGUUUCUAAGGACGAACAGAAUAUAUGGUUAGAAAUCAGUUUUCAAACAACAUAUGACGUAAGAGUUUUAGAAAUAGGCUUCGUUUUAGACAACGCCUUUAGCUUCCAAUUGGAUUAUGUCAAAGAAAACAUAGUGGUUGAUACAAAGGUAAGAUAA